GACACAAGUGAGAAGCGACUUGUAGUCGGACUACUCACUUCGUCAUAAAUACAGUUUAUUUCCAACAAAUAACAAUUUUAUCCUAUGUUAAUAGUAAUUUGAAUAAACUCCUACAUUCGUUCGCCAUUUUGUUAACCAUCAAACACACAAAAUGGCGUUAAAUUUCACGCAAGAAAUAAGCGACAUCGGACCAAUGGCCUACCCUUUGAAAAUGGUUUCUAGAGAGAUGGUAGAACAUAUGCUUGGCUGGAACAUUCCAGAAGAACAUCAAGACCUGGUUCACGAGCACUGGAGGAACUUUCCAUCCGUCAGCAAAUAUUGGCACUAUUGCUUAGCUUUAAUAUACGCAAUGCUGAUGGUUACAUCACUCGUCGGAAACGGAAUUGUUAUCUGGAUAUUUGGCACUUCAAAAUCUCUACGCAGCGCGAGCAACAUGUUUGUGAUUAACUUGGCUAUAUUCGAUCUGAUGAUGAUGCUGGAGAUGCCUCUGCUGAUCAUCAAUUCAUUCUACCAGCGUCUCGUGGGAUACCAGUUGGGCUGUGACAUAUACGCCGUUUUAGGUUCCCUGUCUGGAAUCGGAGGGGCCAUCACAAAUGCGGUUAUCGCAUUCGAUAGAUACAAGACUAUCUCCUGUCCAUUGGACGGUAGAAUCAAUAAGGUGCAAGCAUCUCUUCUUAUAGCCUUCACGUGGUUCUGGGCAUUACCAUUCACCAUUCUACCAGCUUUCAGGAUAUGGGGACGAUAUGUUCCGGAGGGAUUCUUGACUACAUGCUCGUUCGAUUACUUCACUGAUGACCAGGACACGAAAGUGUUCGUUGCCUGCAUCUUCGUGUGGAGCUACUGUAUCCCGAUGACGCUCAUAUGUUAUUUCUAUUCACAGCUCUUCGGCGCUGUUCGUCUACAUGAACGCAUGCUACAAGAGCAGGCCAAGAAGAUGAAUGUGAAGUCAUUGGCGGCAAAUAAAGAAGACGCCAGCAGGAGUGUGGAGAUCAGAAUAGCUAAGGUCGCCUUCACCAUAUUCUUCCUAUUUGUUUGUGCGUGGACACCUUAUGCAUUCGUCACUAUGACCGGGGCAUUUGGAGACAGGAAUUUACUGACGCCCAUAGCCACAAUGGUACCAGCGGUAUGCUGUAAGGUGGUGUCUUGCAUAGAUCCAUGGGUUUACGCCAUUAACCAUCCAAGAUACAGGGCCGAGCUCACAAAACGUCUCCCAUGGUUGGGCGUUCGCGAAUCGGAUCCCGACGCUGUCUCCACAACAACCAGCGUCGGUACUGCUCAAUCGCAAGCCACGGCCGAAGCUUAAGCCCGUAUUUUAUUACGUACUAUACGAUUUUCUUCGACUUUCACGAGUCUAAGAUCUAAUUAAAGCUACUUUUACGGUCAAAUGUUUUGAUUUUACCGUUACCUACGCUUGAUUUGUCGGUAAGCUGUUAUUCAUUCGUCAUCAUUUGAAUGUAAUGCCAAAACCUAAUGGAAUACAAUGAAAACCGUAAAAGUAUUUUUAAUAUUAUGUAAUAUUGAACUGAUGUUAAAAAUUUACUAUUUUCUAGAUUUUCUAGACUAAGAUGUUCAAUCUAAAGAUUUCGAUACAAGGUUACAUAAAAAGAGUGAUGCGCACCCUUUAAAUUUUACACUCAAUAACAAAAUAAUUUCAGUUCGAUUAAUUCUUGAAGGUAAAUCUGUUAAACUAAAUUGAAAUUAUACUCACCACGUAAUAUAUGAUUCGUUGCGAAUUCUAGAUUAUUAUAUAUUUAAUGCGUCACAAUAGCAUGGAGUGUUUCUCUGGUGCGAUUCAAGAUGAAAGCAAAGAAUAACUUUGCGGAGCAUCGUCCGAAGGAGUCCUUUGAUGUUUGUCCGAGGGCUCGCAAAGGGAUUGUUUACGUUGUUCGAGGCUCCAAGUAAACUUCAUACAAAGUUGGACGCGCUUAAAUAUCUCGACAAACACCUACAUAAUUAGACCUAGCCGGAUCCUUGAAAGGAAAAAUUUAAUGAUGUCGUUUCAUUGCCAAUUUUAAGUGAGGUUAAGGACGUUCAGCUGAAGCAGUGUUCUGUUGUGAAUUAUAAUUUCGUUUGUUUAAUUAACUGUUUUCAUACAUUUGUGCUAGCCGUGCGUAAUUUACAAACAGAUUUUAACUAUUAUAUAUAUUUUUAAAUUAUUUCGGUAAGGUUGUUUACCUCUUUCUACUUUACGAAUUAGGAUUGUUUUCAACACAGUUUAUGUUAAUGCUUCUUUACUAUUACUAUUUAUUAGAAUACAUAGAUUUUCGUAGGUACCAACAAAACACAUUGUACCAUAAUUAACUAUAGCUGGUUUAGAACGAAAAAAAAUUAAAUUUGAAUUCUGUAUGGAUCUGUGAAACUUUAAAGUACAUACGACUGUAAAAUCAAGACUAAUGUAAUUCUUGACAUUAGUUCAAUACCUAAUAAAUAAAUGUAUUGUAAAAUGACAAUGCCUUGUCAAAUGGAUUCCGAUAUACUUACCUAACUAAAUGUAGUGUAUUUUUUUAAUGGAGCAUAAUAAAACAAAAAAAUAUAAAAUGGAAGAACCCGACGACAAUGGCCUCUUUUGUUUAAAGUUAUAAAGCAAAUAAAAAUAUUCUUGCAAAGA